AUGACAAAACGAAAUUGGCAAACAAGGAAAUUACUGGAUAAUGCGCCAACCCAUCCUUCGGCUGAACUGUUGGAAAGAGAAAAUGGAAAGUUUAAAGUAAAAUUUUUGCCUCCUAAUGUGACAUCCUUACUGCAACCAAUGGAUCAAAGUAUUAUUGACACAUUAAAACUACUUUAUAGAAAACAACUUUUACGAAGGUUGUUAUCUGUUGAUGAAGAUAAUGUAGAAGUCGUUUUAUCAUUUUUUAAAGAAAUGAAUUUAAAGGAGUGUUGUUAUAUGGUUGUGGAAGCGUGGGAUUUGAUUGAAAAGAAAACUUUAAACAAGGCUUGGGACAGAGUACUUAAUCGGGAGAAUGAAAAUUUAAUAACCAAUACGGAUGAUUCUAUUUUGGAGGAUAUAAAUGAGCUAAUGUUAAUGAUACAAAUAUGCCAGGAUUGUGAUGAAGAUGAUAUGAAAGAGUGGAUCACUUGUGAUAGUAAUGAUCAAGGCUUUCAGAUUAUGUCGGAUGACGAAAUCGUAAAAAAGAUAUUGCAGAUAAAUGAACAGCAAGAAAUGCAAGAAGAUUAA